AUGAGUUUCUUUAUCAUAUUUUUAUUGUGUACUAUUUCCAGCAUACAGGCGAAACCCGAAUAUGAAGUCGAUGUCCUAGAUAUCGAAUGGAAUGUAACAACUCCCGAAAAUUUCGAUAUGGAAUGGGAUAUUACCCAACCUCAACGUGGCAUUUUUGCGAUUAGUGGAUUUGCCGAUUUCAAAAAGGAUAUAAAUACAGAUAAGGCCAAGGGUUUGGUUAAUAUAUAUUAUAGUCCCAAUGCUGUUUCCUAUAUGCUGACGCCAUUUCGAAUACCAAUGACCAUAUUCACAGACGGAAUGAAUUUUCUAUACAAAGUUUAUAUGAUGGAGGAGAUGAAAAACUGUUGUGAAGAUGCCAUAGAUUUUGAAGGUACAUUUGUGGCUCCAUUAACAAAACGUCGCAUGGUAUGCGUAAAGUGUUUAUGUAAUCCAAAAGAUAACUUUCCCACAUAUAUGCGAACAGGGUUUUACAAGUUUGAGGGAAUUUCGUAUGGUGAAAUUGCCUUUGCUGUGACGUUGACGGUCAAAUUGGAAAAGGUAUAA